CAGACUCGUUAGCCUAGCAAUUUCGUCAUGUCGUUUGUUAUAGGUUAUCAGAGUUAUUAGAGGUCGUGAUAGUAUCGAGCAUGAGGAUGCAAUGACUUUUUAUUUACAUCAUUGCACACGUAAUUUUUUCCUGUCUAUGAUUACCGGUAUCACUGACGAGGGUUCCUGACACGGUAAGAAAGAAGACCGAACGAAUGAGGUCCAACGUGUGCUCGUUCGCAUGUCACGCCAUAAAGCAUAAUUAUCGCACGUUGUUGGUCUUUCCCGUUGGCCGAAGUCUCCGGCACAACCUGUCGGUAUCCUACAAGCAAUUCUCGUCGAUUCACAACAAUCAGAUCAUGCCACGUUCUAUCGAACAUAUGCUUGGCAUGCAACGCAUGAGACAGAAGCUAAAAGAAAAAUCAGCGAAAUAUAUUGGAAACACAAAGGUGUCGUUGCAGAUUCUGGGUACUGGAGCUUAUGGCACAUCACGAUGUGUUUAUUUGACAGCAGGUCAUACUAGGUACAUUUUUAAUUGUGGCGAAGGAACGCAGAGAUUGGCAUACGAGCAUAAGUACAAGCUAAUAAAAUUGGAGCACGUAUUUAUAACAUCAGCAACUUGGAAUAACUUGGGUGGCAUGCCGGGAAUGCUUCUAACGAUACAGGAUGUUGGAGUGCCAAAGAUCAAUAUACAUUGUCCCAAGGGGACAAUGGAGAUAUUUAAUACAAUCAAGAAAACUGUGCUGCUGAAGGCUCUGAAGAUUAAUGAGGCCAAAUGUAAUGAGUCGGAGCCAUACAUAGAUUCAGUAAUGUCGGUUUCAUAUGUUUCUAUUAUAAAUUCAAAUGUGCAGGAGUCAGAGUCUAUUCAUGUAGAAAAAGAUAUAAUCGAUAUUAAUUAUUAUGAUUAUAAUAUCAACUCAAAUAGCAAGCGAGUACCUGAUAGGAUAGAGAAAAAAUCUAAAGUCCAGAAGAUCGAUCAGAAGCCUGACAAUAGAAUAUCAUCUGUAAUGUCUUACAUUUGCAAAUUGCACCCUCGAGCGGGUACAUUAUCCUUGCAGAAGUGUUUAGAAAAGGGAGUGAAACCUGGGCCUUUACUCGGUCAGCUCAAAACUGGUGCAGAUAUUACUCUUCCUGAUGGCACAAUUGUUUUGAGCAAAGAUGUUUGCUCGCCAGCAAAGCCAGGCCCUACUUUUAUAAUUGUAGAGUGUCCAUCUGAAGAUUACUUAGAGAAUUUUAUAAAUCAUCCUGCCUUCGUGCGGCAUCAAAAGGGAACGGCGAACAAAGAUGAUAUACCAUACUGCAUCAUUCAUUUUACUCCGCAAGAAGUGAUGGAUAAUUCUCGCUAUGUGAACUGGAUGAGCAAAUUUGGUCUUAAUACGCGUCAUAUAGUCGUGAAUGAAGAGAAUCAAUGCAUGGGCACUGAAGCGAUGCACAGACAUCAGCAUAAACUCCAUAUGCUGCACCCUGAGAUAUUUCCUUUCUUAAACGAGGAAAGCUUCCAAAAGAAAACAAGGGAAGGAGAUCUGCCGAUUAUACAUCGUCCCAAAACACAUCACACUGUUCAUCUACAGCCACAAUUGAGAUUCGAUACGAAGAAUGAAGUAUCGCUGCAUCCAAAGGAAUAUGUAAACGAAGUUUUCGAGAUUGACGGCAUUUUAGAUGCGUUAGCAGAACUCCAAACAGGGAUCAACGCUCGAACGAAGACGUUACAUAUUAACAAUGAGUACCCGAAGAUUGUCAUGUUGGGCACUGGAUCUAGCAUACCAAGUAAAGUCAGAAACACGAGCGGCAUACUUCUACAAGUGGAUAAAGACCACAGUAUGUUACUAGAUUGCGGAGAGGGAACGUUCGGUCAGAUAGUGAAAAUCUAUGGAAAGUCUGGGGCGCACAAUAUCUUAAAAACGAUAAAGGGAGUGUACAUAUCGCACAUGCACGCGGAUCAUCACAUAGGAUUGAUUGGUUUAUUGAAGGAAAGAAGGAAGGUCACGGAAGAUCCUUUGUAUCUGUUAGCACCAGGGCAUAUCAACGUGUGGUUGCAUAUGUAUCAUACACAUUUUGAGCCUAUUUUACAUCGAAUGACAUUGAUAAAAAACAACGAGUUCUGUAUGGACUCGCAUAACCCAGAGUUGUAUAAAUACAGAAAUAUGUACAAUACAUUGAACGUGCAAGCCGUGAGGACAGUAUAUGUCGAGCAUUGUCCUUAUUCUUAUGGCGUUUCUGUAACACUCCAUAAUGGGAAGAAAAUAGUAUAUAGUGGCGACACUAUGCCCUGUGCUCGUCUCGUGGAACUUGGUCAAAAUUGCGAUCUACUCAUCCAUGAAGCGACAAUGGAGGACGAUCUGAUAGAAGACGCGAAACUGAAAUUUCAUUCGACGGUCUCGCAGGCUAUACAAGCAGGCGAAAAAAUGAAAUCAAAGUUUACACUAUUGACGCACUUUAGUCAACGCUAUUCCGUAAUACCUCAUUUGCCGGAUAACAAAAAUGGUCCUAAAUUAGAUAAUGUCGGCAUUGCAUAUGAUAAUAUGCAUAUUAGCUUGUCGCAAUUGCCGCUCUUGCCUUUGAUGUACCCGACAUUGAAAAUAAUGUUUAAUAAGUAUUACUUAGAAAUAGAGGAUCGAGCUGCUCGAAGACAACGAAUAGCAGCUUAAUAAAUAUUUUACAAUAAUAUAAAUUGUAUUACAAUUUUCGUCUUACUGAUACCUCUCACAGUUUUCCAUCGUUAACUUUGAAAGUAAACAUUUUUAACAGACUUUAAUGAAUGUUGCAUAGCAAUGAAUUUAACUAGUGGCUAAAAGUUUGUUUCUUUAAUUUUAACAUGUAUAAUCAUCAUUCCAAUUGAUUUGUAAACAAAGCUUAUGUAUCUUACGAUUUUUAUAUAAAUCAAUUGAAGAAUCAAAGAAUCUUACUAAAAUAGAAAACAACAAAUCUGUAUAUAAUCCUGUAUAUAUGUAAAUCAGUUUGCGAAAGGAACUACAUUUGUGGUUGAAAUAAUUCGGCGAUGAAGUCUUGACCAAUAAAAAAUUAUCUUAUUA